CCUCAGACCAGUUGAGGGCCGCGGGUGGCUGGCCCAUGGCGGCGCCCGACUUAAGGGCCGAGUUGGACUCGCUUCUCCUGCAGCUGCUCAGAGACCUGGAGGAGCUGGAAGUGAAGCGGGGGGCGCUGAACGCUCGAGUGGAGGAGGGCUGGCUCUCGCUCGCAAAGGCUCGCUACGCAAUGGGUGCCAAGUCUGUAGGGCCCUUGCAGUAUGCCUCUCGCAUGGAACCCCAGGUCUGUGUGUGUGCCAGUGAGACCCAGAACGGAUUCCAGACCUUCAGGGUGGUGAGAGCAGAUGCCCAGACUCCAGAGGAGGUGGGGCCCAGAGAGUCAGCUUUGCGCAGGCGGAAGGGCCCUACCAAAACUCCAGAGCCAGAGCCCUCUGCAGCCCCACAGGACCCCCUGAACUGGUUUGGAAUCCUGGUUCCUCAUAGUCUGCGGCAGGCCCAAGCCAGCUUCCGGGAUGGCCUACAGCUAGCUGCAGAUAUAGCCAGCCUCCAGACCCGUAUCAACUGGGGUCGAAGCCAACUCCGGGGGAUCCAGGAGAAACUCAAGCAGCUGGAGCCUGGGGCUGCCUGACUGUGUCCACAGAGGCAGGCACUCAGCCCAGCAGUUCAUGGAUGUGGCUGUCUUUUCUCAGGCAUUCUUCCUUCAUAAAUAGUCCCUGCUCCAACCUCCAAACCAGCUAAUGCCCUCUUCUUAAAAUGUCAUUGGUCUUCAUGUUUUCGACUUUGUUAGGUGUGAAGUUCAAAGUUUUUAAUCCUAUGUUCACAUUGUGAGAUAUAAACAUUUCUUC